AUGAGACAAGCUCACAGACUUGUGCGUCGUGCGGCCAGCGUGGCUGCGCAGAGCCGUGAGGCUGCCGAGCCGUUUGUGUUCAACUCCGAGAACUUUCAGCGUCCUACUUUGCCAGCAGGUCUUCGCAUUCGGGAGAUUUCCCGGGAGGUUGCUACAGAUGCUUCCCUCGCAGGUUUGGGCAGGUUGGUUCAUCGACCAGAGGAUUUCACAGUGGAUGCAAAAACUUUUGAGAUCACCCAGUGGCCUCAACCGAGCUGGCGCCCUCUGGAUCCUGGCACUGGGGAUGAGGCAGGCACAACGGAAGGCGACUUCGAGGUGAAAUGGAAGGGUGAUUAUUUCUAUGGCCAGAAUCUGGCCAUUGCAACAACGAACAACAAGUACCUGGAUGGCCUGGGAGCGUUGCCCGAGCACGCAGUGGCAGACAAGCCGGCAGACGCAAGCUGCAUUUACUUGUGGAUGAGUGACUACCACCCAGAUGGGGGUCAGCUUUUCUGGCCACGGACACCGGUGCCAUUCACGGUGUGCCUCGGCCCGGCAUCGGCUGGAGACGAUAUCCAGCCAGAGGACAUGCGAGCUUUCCAUGUACCUCAAGGGAAAGGGAUCUACAUCCAUCCUGGAACAUGGCACAAUGGGAUUUACGUGGCUCCGCGCUACGCGGCCGCACCAGCUCGGUUCUUGACGCGUCAGGGACGGGUGCAUGCCAGAAUUUCAGUGAGCUGGGCUGCAGAAUUUGGCACUCUUCUCAAACUUCCGCUGGAGUGA